UGCAGGAAAGUUCAACUACCAACCACCAGUCAUGAAGAUUUUUAGUCAUCUCCUGGUCUACCGAAGAUUCCUGCUCAUUGUCCUCACCCCACUGCUUUUACUUCCACUACCACUUAUCAUCAGAACCAAAGAAGCAGAAUGUGCCUAUACGCUGUUUGUAGUUGCCAUCUUUUGGCUCACAGAGGCUUUGCCACUGGCUGUUUCAGCUUUGCUCCCUGCCUUUAUGUUCCCAUUGUUCGGUAUAAUGGCAUCCAAGGAGGUUGCAUCUGCUUACUUUAAAGACUUCCAUUUGCUGUUAAUUGGAGUGAUUUGUUUGGCAGCAUCAAUAGAAAAAUGGAAUUUCCACAGAAGAGUGGCUUUAAGAAUGGUGAUGCUAGUGGGUGUGAACCCUGCAUGGCUUACUCUGGGUUUCAUGGUUAGCUGUAGCUUCCUGUCUAUGUGGCUCAGCAACACCUCUGCUGCUGCUAUGGUGAUGCCGAUUGUAGAGGCCGUAGCUCAGCAGAUCGUCCGGGCUGAAGCAGAAGUAGAUGCACUGGAGAUGUCUUAUUCUAACGGCUCCACCAACCCAGCACUGGAGCUUGAUGAAAACAUUAUGGAAUGCGAAACCAGUGACUGGAAAGAGAAAACAAAAGAAGCUGAUGGAUAUGACAAUGGUAUGGGUAACACUGUGUGCACAAUUGAAAAUGAAAAUGAAAAAGAAAAAGAAAAGGAAAAGGAAAAGGAAAAGAACCUACCACCUGCUGAAACAGGGAGAAAAAGCAGAGAGGACAAAUACAAUGGGAUUUUCAAAGUGAUGUGCUUAUGUAUUGCUUAUUCUGCUACCAUUGGAGGGUUGACCACAAUCACAGGAACAUCGACUAAUUUGAUUUUUGCUGAGCACUUCAAUACACGUUACCCAGAUUGCCAGUGCAUCAAUUUUGGAUCCUGGUUUAUCCUUUCCAUCCCCAUCACAGUUAUUAUUCUGCUGCUCUCCUGGGUCUGGCUCCAGUGGCUUUUCCUUGGGUUUGAUUUUAAAAGUAUGUUCAAGUGUGGCAAGGAAAAAACAGCUAGAGAACAGGCCUCAGCACAGGUGAUUCAGGAAGAAUACAAGAAACUUGGACCAAUAAGCUACCCAGAAAUAGUUACACUUGUCCUAUUCAUUCUAAUGACCCUGUUGUGGUUUACCAGAGAUCCCGGCUUCAUCCCUGGAUGGUCUUCACUUUUCCCAGAGUACAAAGGCUUUGCUACAGAUUCAACAACUGCCUUAGUGAUUGGCCUCCUCUUCUUUAUUAUUCCAGCAAAAACAUUAUCUAAGACUUCAAAUGGAGAAAACACUGUUUUUGGUUACACUCCACUGAUUACUUGGAAGGAAUUUCAGUCAUGCAUGCCCUGGGAAAUAGCUAUUCUUGUUGGUGGCGGGUUUGCACUGGCAGACGGCUGUGAGGUUUCAAAUCUGUCUGCCUGGGUAGGAAAUAAAUUGACGCCUCUAGGAUCAUUACCCUUGUGGCUGAUUAUCCUGAUAUCAUGCCUUAUUGUCACUUCAGUAACAGAAGUGGCUAGCAAUCCAGCUACCAUCACAAUAUUUUUGCCUAUACUGUCUCCUUUGGCUGAAGCCAUUCAUGUGAACCCACUUCUUAUUUUGAUACCUGCCACUCUGUGUACUUCCUUUGCUUUCCUGCUCCCAGUAGCAAACCCAGCCAACGCCAUUGUAUUUUCAUAUGGUCAUUUAACUAUUAUGGACAUGGUGAAGGCAGGUUUGGGCAUUAACAUCAUCGGAGUUGCUGCAGUUAUGCUUGGAAUUAUGACAUGGAUAGUGCCUAUAUUUGAUCUCUAUACUUAUCCAAGUUGGGCACCAAUCAUUUCUUCGACAAAUAGCACUGGGCUUUAAAAAAAAAAAAAAAGAAAAAAAAAAGAAAGAAAGAAAAAAAAAUCAGGGAAUUUAUUCGGAUUGGUUUUGAUUCUUUUCUUUUCCACUGUCAUGUGGUGAGUUAUUUAGGAUGCUGUUUAUCACCGUGAAAAUAGGGAUUCACACCACUCUAAAUGCCAUAUUUCACAGUCCCAAAGACUGAUGAUCUGGUCUGAGAGUCUAAUCAGGAAGAAUGGUAGACCUUCCAAAUACCAUCAAGUUAGGGCAAGUUUCUAAUCUAGCUCAGCUAGUUUGAGUUUUUAUAUCUUCAUGUUAUGAAGGAACAUCUAUGAAUGUGUAUUGCUGUUAUCACUGGCAGUUUGCCCUAUUCUUAGGGUGGUGGAAUAAUGGUGUUUAGUUUCUCUUGUUUCAAAUAUCUAUUCUUUCUAUUAGCUACAGCGGCAUUUGGGUUUUGCCUAAGAACGUAUUGGUUUUCUGUUUUAUAGAUUCAAACACUGUUUGAAAUGGUGUUGAUUGCAAACAAAACAUUAGGUUGGGGAUUGUCUUGAACAUACAGUUUACAGACUUGUCAAAAAUGGGACAAGGGGGAGAGCAGCAUGGCCACUUACACAGCACUUUAUCUGUUAAGCAUCUUGUAAUCUGGAAGGAGAAUUGUAAUUAUACUUAACCAUAUGUUUAAAGCCUACCUCCUUCCAGGACCUCACUGAAUGAAACAAGUUGUUGAAGUUAUAUGUGUUGUCUAGUGUUGUCCUGGAUAGACAUGCUUUCUGAACUGAUCUAUGUGCAUGGAGGCUAAACUAUCACCAUACUUCUCUGGCAAAUCUAGAGACAUAUCCUCGUGUUAAAUUAAAGCACCAGAUAAAGUGCUGAAGAUUUAACACUCAGUCCCUCAAUCGAGAUUAUAGCGCCUCUUAUCAGGAAGUGCAUGCUCUCUACAGGCUGCAUUAAUGUUAGAAAAACAAGAAGUGCAAUGUAGUCAGAAAGGAAGUCUGCAUUUCAAAGAUAUGUUUAAAUAGAGGUGUUUUAUGUUGCUGUUAUAUGUUUUUCAUAGUAAGAACUACACCAUUCUGCUUUCAACAUAUUGGGAAGACCUGUGGCAAUUUUUAAAGGAAGUUCAGUUGUUAGUCUGAAUCAAAGCUGUGGGUGUUAGCUUAGGGCCACCCCUUCAGGCACCUUUACGGUAGAUGUAAACAUUCAUCUGUCUUUUACAGAUAGUACAAAUUAUCCAUUUUUUUCCUACCCUAGAACAAUCUUAUGUUUUUGGAUUAGAUGGUUUACAUUUAUUUCUGGCGGUGCUUAUUUAGAGUUGAUACAUCAGCCAUGAUUUCUACAAUGCCAGGAUACAGUAUAUAGGAUUUUUAUAGUAUAUAGUUUACUAAUUGCUUAAUAGCUAAUAGCCAGGUCUUAGAUUAUAUUGUACUGUGUCUUCUCAGAAGAAUGUACAGCACAGAAACAAGGAAUCCAUGGUUUAUACAGUGCUUUGACCCUGAAGGCAUAGCUGCCAGGGGGCUCUCACUUUAAGGUUCCUAGGUAUUGCCAGUUGGAUUGUGUUAGUACUUUCAAGAGCAUUCAAGAAUAAUGGAAUUUCAAGAGCAUUCAAGAAUAAUGGAAACAACUGAAGCUCAGUGUGUGGUGCAUAAUUCUCAGCUGCUUUUUUUUUUGGGGGGGGACUUAUUCAUAGGAUCACAGACAAUAUGGUAAGAAAGACCACUGUAUCUGAACUCUUACAUAAUGCAGACCACAGAAUUUCCCUAAACUAAGUCACUUUUUAGCAUCUGACAGAAGAAUAAAGUACCUUAGUGAACAAGAAAUUAUUUCAUGAAGGAUGCACUUUUAAAAGCUAUUUUCACAACAGUUUGCAUAUGCAGUGAAUGAUUUGCAAGGAGAAAAAGUAUUUGUAAAGAAAAGAAAGCCAAAGUCAUUUGUUGUGCCAUAUGUUUUUAUAGCAGUUAUGAAAAUGAAAUGCAGAGUUAUAAAUAAACUGACUUCUGUGACCAGCAUCUUAAUUGUCAUAAUAUGAUAAAUUAGUGACAAAAAUGAAAUGAGCAAGAAUGAGGUUCUUGAUAGAUUGUAUCCUAUAUGUAAACCCAUCAUGAGUAAAUGAGUUGGUAGUAGUGGGAAGGUGGUGUUUCACCAGUGUUUAUUUUUUUCUUGUUUUGCUUAAAGUUUCAGAAAGAGUCAGACACAGUCUCUGAACUGAAGCUGAUAUUACUGCUAAUUUAUUUUUAAAGCUUUUAAGAACCUUUUUAGUUAAAAUGAAGAACUCUGCAGUGCAGAGGCAAAUAUUGAUUGGAAUUCACCCAAAAGGGCUAAAAUGGAGGAAAAAGAGAAGCACAAAAUGCUUGCCUGUCUGGGUGUCCAUUGGGUGGAUUUGGCUUUGACUGUGUGCACAGGGCACCAUGCCCAUUGCAAGCAGAAAAUGUGCUCUUUGUACAUCACUGUUAGAUUCAUUGCUUUGUGCAGAGUGUGCAUAUUGUGGCGAAGGGUCGAAAUGCAUCUGUAAUUAUUUUAAGAGCUGAUUAAUAUAUGAUGAGAACAUUUACUAUUUGUAAGUUGCUGUGUGCAUUAUUUUCAUAUAAAAUGGUGUAUUUUUUUUCUUUUUCUCAGAUAAGUCUAAUUAGACUAGUGUAUUAGUACAUAAGCAAUAUUUAUGACAUACUAUUUAUUUGUGGCCCCAUUCCUGCUGAAUUAAAUAAAGGUUUUGCCAUGUACUUCUGUAGGGUAGAUGUAUCAGGUCAUUGUUCUCCUUUUUUAAGGUUUUGCUACAUUUAGUAUAUUUUUCAUUUAGCUUUCAGAAGACAUGCUUUCAGAUUACCAGAAACUAAGAACAAAACUGUACAAAAGAAGUACAUCGUGGAAAAAGCUUCAGCACUUCUUUUACUAUGCAGAUGAGUUAGAUCAAUCUUGCAGUGUAAAUUCCUUUAUGUACUUUUAAAAUAAAGUAUCUCUGUUUACUUCAUGGGUCUUGCUAGUCUAAGGACAACCAGGCCUAUAGCCUGAUGACUGGCUAAGAAGCAUUCAGCACUGUAGUUAAAGGGUAAAGAGAAGAAAAACGCCUUCUACCCUCAUCCUUAUAGUUUUUAUAGUUAGGCCAAGCCAGUUCUCACAUUAAUUAUAGCAAUCUAAAGACUACUGUAUCUUAUGUAUUGUUGCUGAAAACCUCUGAAAGCUCAUACUGCUAUUACCAGUCCCUUCCUGCCCUCUCUCCCUGUCCUCCUUGGCAGCCAGCAGCAGGAUGCCAACUGCCCGGACAGUGACACCCUGCACCCCAGAGCUCCCCGGUGCUUAGGAGAUUCUCCUGCAGUCAGAUCUGCACAGAUUUCAAAUUGCGUUGCAGCUAUUAAUCACAUAUUCUACCUGAUGGUCUGACACAUCAUUAAGAAUUCCCAAAUGACUACAGCUCAGGAUGAUCAAAAAUAUCAAUGAUUAAUGCUCUGAGAAGUUAUUAGCCUAGCCCUUUGCGUGUGCAAAAGUAACUUAAUGAUUUAUGUUUUUUAAUGCCUAUAUACUGAACUCCUUUCCAGUGCUAUUCAUUGAUACUUUUGCCCUGUGUUCUUGGAAGCUGUUGUAUAUUACUUUACCUGUGUGAUGUUCAGUUCUGAUAUGAUUUUUUUUUACAAUACUAAUUUCCCAAAUGCUAUACAGUAAGGCAUGUAUUUAGUGAUAAUUUAACACAGGAUCUAAAACUCUGGUCUGUUAACAAAGAUUGUCUUUUAAUAAAAAAUGCAUAAGAUUUCUUAAA